AUGAAAGGAUUGAAAUCAUAUUUGUUGGAUUCAGAAAAUUACAAUAGUUAUGAAGAUAGUACAACAGAUGAUCCAUGGGCAAUAGCUCAAAUAGGUUUAUUUAAUAGUCGUAAUGUACCGAUAAUAAUUUUCGACGGUUAUGGUGAAUUGAUUGAUGCUAUUUGGAAUGCUAAUGGUCAACCAAUGCUUCUUUAUGAU